AUGGCCGACAAGCGGCGGUCCUCGCCAGGCACCACCAUGAGCCUCAAGGCUCACGCCUUCUCCGUGGAGGCUCUCAUCGGGGCCGAGAAGCAACAGCAGCAGCAGCCGCCGCCGCGGCAGCCCAAGCGACGGAAGCUGGGCGGCGAGGACGAAGCGGCGGAGGACGAAGGCGGCAGCGGCUGCUGCGCCAAGAGCUCUCCCGCCGCUGCCGCCGGCAGAACCUGCGGCGACAUGGACCUGGGCUGCGCCGCCCGCGCCCCCGCCGGUGAGUGCCGCCCCGAGCUCCGCGCCCCGCCGCUGCCCGCAGCCCCGCUCCUCCGCCGGGCUCGGGAUCCCCUUUCCCCCCGCGACCGGCGCUUUGAUUUCCCGUUAUCCCUUCUGCCUCUCCACCCUGCGUGGGCACCCACCACCCUUCCCGCUGGCCUGGCGCUGAGCAUUCGCGGCGCUCCUCGGACGCCGGACGGGGCAGGCCGGCUGCCGGGGGGCUGUCGGUGCCGCAGCGCGGUGGAGCGACGGCGGAGGCUGUCCCGAGCCCUGCUUCCGAGGAAAGGCAAAAGCGCUUAUACGGCACACAUUUUGGAGGGGAGCGCAGUUUCACGCUGCGGGGCAGAAGCCCGUGGCCGAACGAAAUGCGCCUUCGGCCUCGCACCCCGGUCGGGCUGCCUGCCCCCGCCUCGGCCGGGGCGCGGUGCGGCGCUGGGGCAGCUCGUUCCUGCAGCCCGGCCGUGCUGCCGCGGUGCCGGCGCUCGGGUCGCCCCACUCCCCGGAGCCGGGGCCGCGGGCCGGGCCGGGCUGGCUAGUCGGCCGGGGCUGAGGGAGCCCUCGAUCGCGAUCCGCGCUGCCCCGGCCGCUCUCGCUUCCUCCGCUCUUUCCGCAGGCGGCUGCGAGGAGGGCUUCCUGGCGGCCUCCCCGCCCGCCUCCCCCGGCGGCUCCCCAAAGGGCUCCCGGCCCGGCUCGCCGCUGCCCACGCCGCAGGCGCCGCGGGUGGACCUGCAGGGCGCCGAGCUCUGGAAGCGCUUCCACGAGAUCGGCACCGAGAUGAUCAUCACCAAGGCGGGAAGGCGGAUGUUUCCUGCAAUGAGAGUGAAGAUCUCAGGUUUAGACCCACAUCAGCAGUAUUAUAUUGCUAUGGAUAUUGUGCCAGUGGAUAACAAAAGAUACAGGUAUGUUUAUCAUAGUUCCAAGUGGAUGGUGGCUGGUAAUGCUGACUCCCCGGUGCCGCCUCGUGUUUAUAUUCACCCUGACUCGCCCGCCUCGGGGGAGACGUGGAUGAGACAAGUGAUCAGCUUUGACAAGCUGAAGCUUACCAACAACGAGCUCGAUGAUCAAGGGCAUAUUAUCCUUCACUCUAUGCAUAAAUACCAGCCUCGUGUGCAUGUCAUCAGAAAAGACUGUGGUGAUGAUCUGUCCCCUGUCAAGCCCAUCCCUUCAGGAGAAGGGGUGAAAGCCUUCUCCUUUCCAGAGACAGUUUUCACUACUGUCACAGCAUACCAAAAUCAACAGAUAACUCGUCUGAAGAUUGAUAGGAAUCCAUUUGCCAAAGGCUUUAGAGACUCGGGCCGUAACAGAAUGGGACUGGAAGCUCUGGUAGAGUCUUAUGCCUUCUGGAGACCUUCACUGAGGACACUUACAUUUGAAGACAUACCUGGGAUACCCAAACAAGGAAAUGCAGGUUCCUCUACUUUACUCCAGGGAUCUGGCAGUGGAGUGCCAUCUACCCACCCUCACCUUUUACCGGGUUCCCCUUGCUCAUCUCCAGCCUUCCACCUCAGUCCCAACACUAGCCAGCUGUGUACCCUUGCUCCAGCUGACUACACAGCUUGUGCCCGCUCAGGCUUGACCCUGAACAGAUACAGCACCUCCUUGGCUGAAACCUACAACCGGCUCACAAACCAGACCAGUGAGACCUUUGCGCCCCCAAGGACUCCCUCCUAUGUCGGUGUGUCCAGCAGCACAACUGUGAAUAUGUCCAUGAGUGGCAACGAUGGGGAUGCAUUCAGCUGCCCGCAGACUGGCUUAUCCAUGCAGAUUUCAGGGAUGUCUCCACAGCUCCAGUACAUCAUGCCUUCCCCAUCCAGCAAUGCCUUUACCACUAAUCAACCCCACCAAGGCUCCUACAACACGUUUAGACUGCACAGUCCCUGUGCGCUCUAUGGAUAUAACUUUUCCACAUCCCCUAAACUGGCUGCCAGUCCUGAGAAAAUCGUUUCUUCCCAAGGAAGUUUCUUGGGGUCCUCGCCAAGUGGAACCAUGACGGAUCGGCAGAUGUUGCCCCCCGUGGAAGGAGUGCACUUACUUAGCAGUGGGGGGCAGCAGAAUUUCUUUGACUCUAGGACCCUAGGAAGCUUGACACUCUCAUCUUCUCAAGUGUCUGCACAUAUGGUUUGAUGAAGCCUUUAAGUAAAAGUACAGUAUGUUUGGUGUCUACAAUGUAUUUCUUUUGGAAUAUGAAAGGACACUCGAUGUAGCUUGUAAAGUGUGUGUAUAUAUAAUAUGAGAGGAAGUUUCACUGAAAUUUUGACUUGCUUGUGGCCAGAUUGUUCUCCCAUUUUGAGUUACACAGAGUUUGCUGCAGUGCAGACUGCUUUAGUUUUCUGGUAUAAUACACUUAGUUGUAUAACACAUUGGGACAUAUGCAACAAAUUAAGUAAGACUUCCUCCCCUUUCCCCCUCCUCUGUUCUAACCCCUUUAAAGAAUGAAGUGACACUUGGAGUAUUAAACAACACAAAAAAGCCCACUUACAUUUCCUAUAGUACUAGUGAGUUUCUUUAAAAUACUCAUACAAUAAGCUGAUGCAAAUAAGGCAUUUUACAAGUUUCUUCUCUGUUAUAAGGGAUACGAAGGGUAUUUGGACUUCUUAGUGUUAAGCAUCAAGCACCUAGCCUAAAAUAGAAGUUUAGAUAAUGGAUUAUUUACAAAGUAAACAGAAAGAUUAGUUUGCCUUUUCAUUAUAUGCUGUUUUUAGCUUAUCAACAGCACAGCAUUCUCAAUAGGAUUUGUUUUUUUCAGCAUUAGUCUAGAUUUAUGAUUAUAUAUUUGAAGACAGAUAAUAUGUAUUCAAAUUGUGGUGAUAGGAAUAAUUCAAACCAACAGCACUAGAAGCAGCAUUCCUUUGUAUGAAAUGAACAUUGGAGUGCUUAAUUUUGGUCAAAGGUAGGGCUUGAUGCAUUUUUUCCUCCAUAAAUAUUGCCUAUAAGACAUUUACUGGACAGUAGGAUAUUCUAAUGUAUCUUUGUUUUUGUAUUUUUACUUUUUUAAAGGAAAAUGCAGUUUGAUUUAGGAAAAAAAAAUGAGCAGGAUGAGAAAUUCCAUUAUUGGUUUUACUUGUUUUGCGUGUGUGAUGUGUUUUGGGUUUGGUUUUGUUCUUUUGUGUUUGCUUGGCUGUUUUUUUUUUAAAUAAGGGCGAAAGGUCCUGCAUCCUCAGUAUUUCAAAAAUACAUCACCUAUAUCAAUUAGGCAGAUGACCCAGUUUGCCCAAAAGUAUUUCUGGAAGCAGAGCAUUGUCAUAGCUGCCUUCCUGUUGCUCUUGUUUUGUCCUGGAAUUGGAGAGGUUUCCUUCAUUCCCACUUCUGGUUUCUAAAUGGCACUUAAAUGGAAUUUCUAAAUGGUAAGAAUGUAGAUCACCAUCUGCUCCUGACCAGAUUCUCCAGAGUGACCAGGACACAGGGAGAUACCGUGGUGAAAUUUCUGCCCUCAUCUGCACCUGCACAGCCCAGGUGUGUAUCAGUCCUUCUGCAAAAGCUGCCUCUCAGCUGCCUGUCUGUCAGAGCUGAACCACAGAGGUUGUGAAACAAAUUUUAGUGCUUGGGAGAACAGGUCAUCUUCAACAGUGUGCUGAUCCUCAUGUAUAUUGUGCAGGUGAUGUAAAGGCAUUGUAAAGUGGGUACAGAUGUAGUUGAAAAUGCUUCCCCAGUCAAGAUUCCCUUCCAAUCUUAAGGAGAUUAAGGUCUUUCAGGUUUAUGUUUGUUGGGUUUUUUGGCAAAGGUGAAUUUUCAUGUGUCUGAAGUGUUUCUAUAUCUUUUCAGGCAAAUAGUUCUUUCCUUCUCACCAAAUGUCAAAUGUGCAAAACCAGCACUUUGCCUUACACAUUCUCACUUCGAAGAAACUCAUUUUAGCUAAUAUUUCUUCAGUGGGAUGGCGAUAAUACAUGCAGAAACAGCCCUCUUGCUACCUCCUCUUAUCUGGGAAUAGAACAGCAAUCUUUAAGCCUGUGCCUGAAGAAUGCUUUAUUUCUAUUGGUUAUGUAUUUGUUUCUGUUAAAGAUAUGUGUAAAGUUCUCAUCCAAAGUUAGAAAGAAAAGAUGAUGCAAUUGAGGUGAUGUGGGUUUGCUUCUCUGUUGUC